AACAAAAUUGAAUCGAACUUCUUCUCCUCUUAUCACUUUUAAAUCCUGUGGAUUGUCUAAACUGGCAAAAUGAACUUUUUCACGUCGAACACACAAAUUAAAGAAGCCAAAGAUGAACGAGAUCGCCUUGUAAAACAAAAAAUAUUCACUUGUCUGCGAGAAAAUAUCGAAAUUAUCGUUCUCGAAGCUGAGCAAUCACUUAAUUCUAGUCAAGAUUACACUGAAUUCUGUUGUGGCUUGGAAGCUCUUUUCCUGCAUGGCCUCAAACACUCGCUCUUCAGCAUCACCGUGGAUUUUUUAUCGACUUCCAAUUUGGAUCGUCGUCCCGAACCGAGUUUCAUGAAUGUUCUCAUGACAAUUGCACAUCGUGACAUUAUCACGUCGUUGCAGCAAAAGACCCAACUGAAUUCCGACAUUGCCUAUUGUCGGGCGUUCAUUCGCCAGAUUUUGAAUGAUAACACCUUGUCGAGUUACUUGACGAUGAUUGUCAAUAGUCCGCGAACCCUUACUUCGUAUUAUUACAAAUACGCCUUUUUGCGAGAUAAAGUACUCGUUUUGAGUAUUUUGAAGUUAAUUGAACCCAUGGAGACAAAAGCGGCAUUUAAGUUCAAUAUCAACACGAGUUUGUUGAAUCAAUGGCCCAACAUGACACUCGAACUCUCGGGAAUUUGGUCGGUUGCGAGAAAAUCCCUUCAAAUUGACAAUGCCGAGGAUGUGGCAAGUUCCCUGCCGAAAGAUCACGAAAGUUACCUUCGACGUUACACAAAAACGCCUGCCAUCGAGUUUAGUGUGAGUCCCGCGGCGAGUGCAUGUUCCGACAAAAUGACCCCCAGCUCCGUCGAAGAUGCUUGUUUGACGGAAACGUACAGCGAACGUCCCAGUUUGUUGCUUUUUCCGCCACGAUUGCACGACGAAGACCAAGUUAGCAUGUCAGACUCGCAAAUUCUCAUGGAUGACGAUGGAAUUCGCACGGCAAUCUCGCCGCAAGUGUCUCCAAUGUCGCCGGAACACACGCCAGACAUCGAUUCGGCGGGAAAUCGACGAGAAACGGACCUGGAUAAAUACGAUUUGAGCACGUUGCUGGAAAAGUACAAGACGCACAACGAAAAAAGUGUGGAAAAGAAGGCACAACCGGGAAUCAAAGAGGUUUGGAGUAAUUUUGAGUCGAAUAUGAUCAAGGUGAAGGAAGAUGACGACAGUGAAAAGGGCGAAAGUGAAGAUGAUUGGGAUAAAAUGGACCCAAAUAGCUUUUACAAGAGCAAAAAGUACAAAUUAGUGGAUUUACAACCGCUCGUCGAACAGUUGUGCAUGCUAACGAACGAAGUAGGACUCGAUGGACAGGAUUUCAAAUGCAAAAAAUGCUCGACGCCCAUCAGUAUCGACUUUGAAGGCACUCAAAUUUGUUCAUUUUCUGGGUACUAUUACUGUGAUAACUGCAUGAGCAAAGACCUUUGUAUCAUUCCGUCGCGCGUCAUUUACAACUGGGACUUUCGUAAAUAUAACGUGAACGCAGAUGCUGCCAAUUUUUUCAAGGAAUUUCGUUAUGAGCCCUUCAUUGACAUCGAUAAACUAAAUCCUGAUUAUACGAAAAUUAAAAUGAUGCAUCGUCUUAAAAAUCUUCGGUUGAAGCUCAAUUCCAUGAGUCAGUACAUGAUAAAUUGCGAAACUGUCACAAAUACGUUCAAAGAAAUGCUUGGAUAUCGCGAAUAUUUCUUCAAUUUCGUCCAUAAAUACUCAAUAGCGGAUUUUGAGAUGCUCGCUGACGGGCAAUUUGAGAAUAUGUUGAGCAGUGCAGUGGAUUUUGGGUUCAAACAUAUCCUGAAUUGCCAGUUGUGUAGUCAGCAGGGAUUUAUUUGCGAAAUUUGCUCGGAUCAGACGAUUAUUUAUCCGUUUGACUUGGAUAAUACUGUGCAGUGCACGGAAUGCUCGAAUUUGUAUCAUAAAAUGUGUUAUACGACGGGAACGAGUUGUAGCAGGUGUGAGAGGAAGAAAAAACGGCUGGAGAGCAUGAAUGAGGAAGCCGGCGUUGAGGAGUGUGUUGAAAAUUGAAUUAAAUGUUUUUUUUAUCGAAUCUACUUUAAGGGGAAAGUUGAGAAAAUAUUUUUGACAGAUGAGAAUUUUAUGUUAAAAUUUAAUUUUUUAACAAUUUUUUCUAAUUUUGCUUAAAAACGUUCAAUUUAGAAACAUAAAUUUGAUUUAAAAUUAAAAAUCUACUUAAUUUUUGACAACCAAAUUUAUGACAGAUGUCAAAUUUUUGAUAUUAACUAAAUUGUUGAACAAUUUAGAAUUUAUUUUGUAACAAAAAUACGAAAAAAGUUCAUUUUAAAGAAAAAUUGGUUAAAAAAUUUAAAUUUUCAUCA